AUAUAAGUCUCUCCCCAUAAAGAGGGGAGCAGUGAAGUGGAGAAUUUGGCAUGCCAUCCGAUUUUUUGCACAAGAAAUGGAACCGCUGGUUUGCAGUAAUUAGCCCGAAACAUACUGGUGGCAGAAUAUCUACAGGAAUCAAUGCGGAAUCGGGAGAGUCGCUGAGAGUGAGUGAGAGAAACAGAAAGAGACAGAAGCCGCAGCGGGAGGAGAGGAGGAGGAGAGGAGGAGGAGACAUGGGGCGCUGUUACCUGGUUGGGGUUUACCUGCUCUUAGCUCUGGUUGGGCUGCACAGAGCGGGCGCCGCCGCCGCUAAAGACCUGUCCUGCCAUCUGAUCACCGUCCCUCUGUGCAAAGGCAUCGGCUACAACUACACCUCGAUGCCCAACCAGUUCAACCACGACUCGCAAGACGAGGCCGGCCUGGAGGUGCACCAGUUCUGGCCGCUGGUGGAGAUCCAAUGCUCCCCGGACCUACGCUUCUUCCUGUGCAGUAUGUACACCCCCAUCUGCCUGGAGGAUUACAAGAAGCCGCUGCCGCCUUGCAGGAGUGUGUGUGAGCGGGCGAAAGCCGGCUGCGCCCCUCUCAUGAGGCAGUACGGCUUUGCCUGGCCCGACAGGAUGAGGUGCGACCGCCUGCCCCAGCAGAGCAACCCCGAGACCCUGUGUAUGGACUAUAACCGCACUGACCUGAGCACGGCAGCCCCCGGCCGGGCCAGACCCAGUGACAAGCCGCCCAGCGGCGCCGGCAAAGCCAAUAAAGGCACCAACAACAAGAAGCCUCUCCAGCCCGCACUGCCGCCGCGCCCGGGCAAGGGCAGGGCGUGUGAGCGGGGCUGCCAGUGCCGCGCACCCAUGGUGCAGGUGAGCAGCGAGCGGCACCCGCUCUACAACAGGGUCAAGACGGGCCAAAUGGCCAACUGCGCGCUGCCCUGUCACAACCCCUACUUCUCCCAGGACGAGAGGAGCUUCACCGCCUUCUGGAUCGGCCUGUGGUCGGUGCUGUGCUUCGUGUCCACCUUCACCACCGUGGCCACCUUCCUCAUCGACAUGGAGAGGUUCAAGUACCCCGAGAGACCCAUCAUCUUCCUGUCCGCCUGUUACCUGUUCGUCUCCACCGGCUACAUCGUCAGGCUGGUGGCGGGACACGAGAGUGUGGCCUGCAGUCAGCAGCGGGAGUCUGGGCACAUCUACUACGAGACCACGGGUCCCGCUCUCUGUACAGUGGUUUUCUUGCUCAUCUACUUCUUCGGCAUGGCCAGCUCCAUCUGGUGGGUCAUCCUGUCGCUCACCUGGUUCCUGGCCGCAGGCAUGAAGUGGGGCAACGAGGCCAUCGCCAACUACUCCCAGUAUUUCCACCUGGCAGCCUGGCUGGUGCCGAGCAUCAAGUCUAUCGCCGUGCUGGCCCUCAGCUCGGUGGAUGGAGAUCCUGUGGCUGGGAUCUGCUACGUGGGCAACCAGAACUUGGACAACCUGCGGGGUUUUGUGUUGGCGCCUUUGGUGAUCUAUUUGUUCAUAGGGACCAUGUUCCUGUUAGCAGGCUUCGUGUCUCUGUUCAGGAUCAGGAAUGUGAUCAAACAGGGAGGCACCAAGACGGAUAAACUGGAGAAGCUGAUGAUCAGGAUUGGGAUAUUUACGGUUCUCUACACGGUGCCCGCCACCAUAGUGGUGGCCUGUUAUUUUUACGAGCAGCACAACAGGCAGAGCUGGGAAAUGACUCACAACUGCUCCUGUCUGACAGAGCAAGAGGCCAGAAGGCCGGACUAUGCGGUGUUCAUGCUGAAGUAUUUCAUGUGCUUGCUGGUCGGGAUUACAUCCGGAGUGUGGAUCUGGUCUGGAAAGACCCUGGAGUCGUGGAGAGCUUUUUGUACGCGCUGCUGUUGGAACAGUAAAGGGACGAGUGGCUCUAUGUACAGUGAUGCCAGUACCGGCCUGACCUGGAGGUCAGGCACCGCGAGCUCCGUGUCUUACCCCAAACAAGUGCCGUUAUCCCAAGUCUGAGAUUUACUGUGGACUUGAUUUUUUUUGAGGCGAAAAAAAAUUUGCCCUGAAGAUUCUCACCCAAGCAUCUUAUUAACCUGUUAAUGACCUUCUAAUGGUAUCCAUUGGCCAAAAAAGCGAAGAACUUAGCCAGAAACCAUAUGCCUGGCCUUUUUAAUACUUACAAUUUUAACCAUUUAUAUGCACAAGGACAUCCAGUAGAUGUUAAUGUGGGAGGAAAGGAAUGGUUUCAAAUCCUGACUUAAAUGCUGUUAAUGCAAGGAAUAAAAAAAACGUUGCUUUUAAUUGCCACCGAAAGAAGAGGGGAGGAAACAGACUUAAAUAGAAGUACAGUCCAAGCUAUUCGAUUGAAAUCUUAAUAAUAGUUGUUCAUGACCGGGUGCUUCAAUCUGCCUUAAAAUCCUGUUUUAAUAUUCCCAUGUAAUACGGGUUUCUUGCAAAAGUUGUAUUUAUA